AAUAAGAGGUUACAAAAGAGUUAAACUGAUAGACUGCAGGUGCAUUUGCACUGUGACCUCUGCGAGAGAUGGGUGCGUUAAAAAUUGGCUUGGCGCUGUUUUGCGCCACCGCGUUGGUCAACUCAUCACCGUUGCCAAAGGCGGAAACUUGUGGAUAUGCGUCGUGCCAAGUCCCUAUCGAAGGAAUGACAAACGUGCACCUGAUUGCACACACGCACGAUGAUGUGGGCUGGUUGAAAACUGAGGACCAAUAUUACUAUGGCCAUAGAAAUAACAUCCAACUAGCCGGUGUGCAGUACAUCAUUGACUCAGUUAUUUCAGAGCUCCCGAAAGACCCGUCCAGAAAAUUCAUUUACGUUGAGACCGCUUAUUUCCGUCAGUGGUGGGACCACCAGCCACAGGAAAUUAGGGAAAAGGUCGAAGGGUUGAUUGAGUCCGGCCAGUUAGAGAUCAUCAGCGGCGGAUGGGCCAUGCACGACGAGGCUGUGACCCAUUAUCAGUCUAUUAUCGAUCAGUUCACAUGGGGAUUCAGGACGAUCGAUGACAUGUUCAAUACAACUUGCGCGCGUCCCAAAAUCGGCUGGCAAAUUGACCCCUUCGGUCACGCAAGGGAAACGGCCUCAAUGAUGGCCAUGAUGGGCUUUGAUGGACUUUUCUUUGCCAGACUGGACGAGGCCGACAAACGAAACCGAUUUGAAAAGAAAGAACUGGAACUUGUGUGGAAGGCAAGCGUAAACCACGGACCGUCAUCAUAUCUGUUCACAAGCGCGAACCACGACUUUUAUUAUCCUCCAGCAGGAUUUUGCUUUGACAUUCUUUGUCGGGAUGACCCAAUUAUUGACGAUUUGUACAGUCCUGAUUAUAACGUGGACGCCAGAGUUGACGGUUUUAUUGAAUAUAUUGAAAGGCAGAGCAGCUACAUGAAAACCAACAACAUUCUCGUCACAAUGGGCACCGAUUUCAGCUACCAGCAGGCUAGCUACUGGUAUGACAACUUGGACAGGCUGAUCAAAUAUGUAAAUGAGAGGCAGACGACUGCUGACGGAAAAAUUAAUUUGAUGUACUCCACGCCAUCGUGCUACUUGAAGGCCGUGCAAAAUGCGGGCCAAACUUGGACAACUAAAGACGACGAUUUCUUCCCUUACGCAAGUGACGAUUACAGUUACUGGACGGGUUACUUCACUUCUAGACCGACCCUCAAAUUUAUGGAGAGGAAAGGCAACAAUUUCUUGCAGAUUUGCAAGCAAUUAAGUGUUUUGGCCGAUUUACGAGAGGAAAAAUGGGAGGAUUUGGCCUCUUUGCGCGAGGCCAUGGGAAUAAUGCAGCACCACGAUGCCAUCACCGGCACUGAAAAGCAGCACGUUGCCGAAGAUUAUGCUUUCAGGCUGCACAGGAGCAUGGAACAUUGUCACGAAACUACCAAAAACGCCCUAAACAAACUGGCAAUGAAAGUAGAAGCUGCUGAAAAUCUUGAAUUCCGCUCCUGCCUUUAUUCGAAUAUUAGUCAGUGCGACGUGUCUGAAAUCAGUGACCGGUUUGUGGUCACCUUAUACAACCCUCUGGCUCAAGCUGCGUCUCCUUUCGUCCGUCUACCUGUCCGGGAAUUUGCGUACCAAGUGCGAGAUGAAAUCGGUGCUGUGCUCUCAAACACGCAAAUGAUAAAAAUUCCGACACCUGUUCUCACCAUUCCCGGACGAAGCAGCCAAGCAACCCAAGAAUUAGUGUUCCAAGCCAUGGAUGUUCCUCCGCUGGGAUUUAAAUCUUAUCACAUUACGAGAACAACAACCCCUCUGCAGCCACCGUCUUCCGUCAACGAAUUCACCAUCGCUAAUGAGGAUAUUGAAAUUACUUUCGACCAAGAUACAAAUACGCUCUCGUCGGUGAGAGAUAUCGCGGCCGACAAAAUCUACUCCAUUACGCAGGACUUCCAAUUUUAUAAAGCUCGCGCAGGAACUAAUUUGCAGCCCAGCACACGAGCGUCCGGCGCUUAUAUUUUCCGGCCUCUGGACCACAAGAAAUUCCCUGUUUCAAACAGUCCCCCUACUUUGGAAACUUACAAAGGCGACUUGGUGAAUGAAAUUCAUCAAACGUGGAAUGAGUGGAUUAGUUCAGUAACAAGAAUUUACAAGGGUAGCAAAGCCAUUGAGCUUGAAUGGACUGUGGGGCCAAUCCCUGUAACUGACUUGCAGGGAAAAGAGGUCGUUACCCAUAUGAAAUUAGAUGGCUGGGAAACGCUGGGCAAAUUCUACACCGAUUCGAACGGACGAGAAGUUUUGGAGCGCAACAGGGAUUUGAGGCCGACGUGGGACUUCAACCCCGAAUUUGAACCGGUGGCUCAAAAUUACUACCCGAUCACCACGACGAUUUCUCUGCGAAAUCACGCCGCCGACAACAACAAUGAAGAGUUUGUGGUGAUCACGGACCGCGCUCAGGGAGGAUCGAGCAUAGAAAACGGAACUUUGGAAUUAAUGCUUCAUCGCCGGCUUCUUUUUGAUGACGACAAAGGAGUUGGAGAAGCUUUGAACGAAGAGGCAUUUGCCGACGGUUUGGUUGCUCGGGGGAAACACAUUUUGCUGUUUGGACAGACCCAGGAUCAUCCGACGUCGCUCUACAAACAGAGGCAGCUGACCAGAGAUAACAUGGUGUUGGCCCCCUGGGUUUUCUUGACCCCGACAACCCUCGCAGCAACAGAUUAUCAAUCAAAAUACAACACUCUAUACUCCGGAUUGAUGAAGGAAGUUCCCCCGAAUGUAAAUCUGCUCACAUUGGAGCCGUGGGGAGGUCCCGACGGUGACCAAAUCCUUGUGCGGGUUGAGCAUUUCUUGGAACAAAGUGACGACCCUGAACUUUCAACUCCGGCCUUUGUUCCCAUAAUGGGCUUGAUUGAGAGGAUCAAUGAUAAUUAUUUCGUUCGCGAAACCACUCUGGGAGGCAACCAGUGGCUUGAGGACAACGUCCGGCUGGAGUUCAAGGUGGAGGGCGAAGAUGAAGUUAGCCAGCAGCUGCCCAGACCCGACCCCAGCGAGGACGCAACCAACAUCACGCUCAACCCCAUGCAAAUUCGCACGUUCAUCAUUCAAUCGAGAAGCGGUGCAAUUUCAAAUUUUCCUAAUUUGAUCAGUUUGGCUGCUCUAUUGGCGCUUGCCUUGUGCAGGGCUUUUUUGUAACUAGGUAGAAAGUAGAAAGUUUUAAAUUAAUUAUAUAUUUUAUAAGUG